CCCUUCAUUGUUGGUAAGCAGAGGCAGCUAGCGACGAUGCCGUCGUCGGAAGGUGACGCUGGCGAUGUGCUGGAAGUUGGAGACCAUGACGACGGCAACAGCAGCUCCUCGUUCUCGUCCUACGACUCGGAGGAGUUCGGUCUCGUAGCGCGCAAGGGCUUCGCGCGCAUGUACGUGCUGUCUCGUAAUAUGGCGUCUAAGGACGAGACGGAGGCCAAGGGUGAGUCCUCUUCCAAGCGCGGGGGCUGGAACCUGCUGUAUGCCAGUGGACAGCACUAUUUCCGCGGCCCGAUCGAGCUGCCGGAGGACAUUCAAGUGCGUGACGAAGCGGAGGGAGACAACAGUCGACCUGCCACCUUCUUUGAGAGCAUCACGCGGCAACAUGAAGGAGGCGUGGAGCUUGCCGACAUUCCGAGGCUUCUGCCGUUGCUUCACGCGCAACAGGACUCACUCACUGCAGUCGACGACGUGGUGGAGCUGAGCUCGGGACAGCGAGACGCCGUGUACCAGAUGCUGGAGGUGGGCGAGUUCUUCGUGGAGGAGCUGGCCAAGCCCCGCACGA